GCAGAUCCUGAGUCGAUCUAUGACUCAUUCAAGACCGGCGCGGAUGCACAGCGCCAGGUUGGCCUCACAGCCUUCCACAAGUUCGAAGAUACCAAGGCAGCCAUGGAGGCUUGCACCGAGCUCACAGAGGGCACAGUUGGUAAAAGCCUCAAAAAGUUCUUAAAAAAGAAUGUGGUUGAUGCCGGGCUCACGGAGAACCUUGCAGUGCUUGACAAAGCGUUGGGUGUGAGUAUCAACAAGAAGCUGGGCUUGGAGGUGAGCGUGCUAAGUGACAACCUAAAGGAGAUCAUGCGAGGGAUUCGGCUGCACUUGACCGAGCUGAUUGAGGGCCUGGAUGAGCAGGAGGUGAAGACCAUGUCCCUGGGCCUGGCUCACACGCUGUCACGCUUUAAGCUCAAGUUCUCGCCGGACAAGGUGGAUACCAUGAUCAUUCAGGCCGUCGGUUUGUUGGACGACCUGGACAAGGAGUUGAAUAAUUUCGCCAUGCGGCUCCGAGAGUGGUAUGGCUGGCACUUUCCCGAGAUGGGUAAGAUUGUCACGGAAAACCUGGCUUAUGCCAAGGUGGUGCGCUUGAUGGGCCUGAAGACACGGGCCAAGGACACAGACCUUUCGGAGGUCGGUGUCCCUGAUGAGAUCGCGGCGGAGGUGAGAUCUGCGGCCGAGACCUCCAUGGGCACCGAGAUCACCGACGAGGAUCUGGGCAACAUCAAGACGCUCAGUGAGCGCGUGAUCGAGCUCACAGAGUAUCGGGCAUCUUUGUCCGAAUACCUGAAG